AUGUUGACUAUAUCAUUGUCCUUUUUGUUUAAUAGAGAUGGAACAUCCAGAAUGACUUGUUUACAAGAUCAGGUCGAGCUUCUUUCAAAUGAGGUAUAACUCCUAAUUUUGCUGAUCCCAAAUUUGCCUUGAACUGUCGUGGUCAAAUGACAUGUUUUUCUAAUUCUAAUCCAUUUCUUAAAAUAUGGUAUUAGGUCAGAUAUAGCCUCCUUUAGGUUGUGCAUUCUUCCCAAUCUUUGAUCGGAAUGAUUAGGUAGCAAGCCUAUUCAGCCUUUUUUUUUAUGCAGUUUGUUCAAUUUUUACUCCAAAACCUGGGUGUCCACAACAUACCCUAAUUUCCACUUUGCUUAAACCCUGGGCUGAGUUGCUCAAAGCAUGGUUAGCUUUAACCAUUGGUUAAGCAGUAUCAAAACCAAUACGUUGUCAAGGUACUAAACGCUGGUCAACGCUAACCAUGCUUCGAGCAACUGGGCCGUGGUGAGGAAGUCACGAGGGCGUCCGUGUUUGAAAGGAGUCGCUAGAGUAGGUACACGUAUUCUUUAGCCACACAAUUUUAACACUUCGGUAAGACUAGCUACGAAGUCGUGUUGAGAAUAAUAUUAAUUUUUCAGUGUCUUUAAUGUUGUAAUAUAUAUAGGUUUUUCCUGAUAAUUUCAUGCGGCGUGAAGUACAAGCUUUUGUUGUCAACUGCACAUUCGAGGAUGAAGGAUGCCAGUGGAAAGGGGAAGUCAGACACUUGGAGGUAAUUGAUUUGGGUGAAUAAAUGCUUAUUUCAUCUCUGAUGUGCCGUACAGAUAACAAGAAAAUGGCGUAUAAAGACAGUGGCGGAUCCAGGGGGGCGGGGGGCCCAGGCUCCCUCUCAUUUGUAGACCCAGUUGAGGUCCGACGGGCCGAAAACAAAAAAAAUUUGAAACCACCCCCCCCCCCCUUAUAUGAAGGUCUGGACCCGCAACUGAAAGAUUACGUUUUAUUACCAGAGUGAAAGUCAUGCUGCAUCUGAAACGAAUGUUUUGUAUACAAAAUACGUACCUGCCAGCGAAGUAUGAUAUGACAUUAGGUUUGGACUGUUUUUUUUUUCCUUCACGGUUAUGCUUGGAUGCGCUUGUACAUAGAUAUUUGAGUGUGGGGUUGACGUUUCAAGUCUUGCCAGGCUUUACUUUAAACAUAAAUCACCUUUAUACACAAAUCUUCCUCGUUCUGAGUGUCACUAUCUGUCAUGAUCAGUUGGUUUCCGGCAUCAGCAAUAAUGAAGAGUUCUACACACUAGCCUGCAUAACAGGCGUUAUAAUGAGGGUGCUCAGGCGUCUGUUGUGCGACCUAUCUUUGGAAAUACUAAGUGGCCAUUUAAAAAGGUGUACUCACUUGAUUGGCUUUGUACUUUUGCUCUAAUCGAGUAAUUUUACCUUUAAGUAUUUUACAUGCAACCUGGGCCGGCUACUGAUAAUUAGUAUUCGGUUGUUUAUGAGUGAGUUACUCGUGCGAGUGUCUUCUGUAUCUUACAGAGUCACACAAGCAGCUGUACGUUUGUCAAAAUCCCCUGUGUGCAUCCUGAGUGUGGCAUGUUGGUGAAAACAGGUGAUCUUCCAGACCACUUAGAAAACGAUUGCAAGUGUAGACAGGAAAUCUGUGAAUUCUGUAAACAAAGUAUCAGUCUGAACAAAAUGAAGGUAAAGUGACUCUUCUUUAUAUGUCUUAAUCACUUACGAAAAGAAGCUGCUCACUCAUAUUUCCCUUCCAUACCUCAUCGCAUUGACAAUAUUAAUUAUUGUGAUCAUCAAUAAGGGUUCAGAGGAGCUUUGAGCCAGGCCCCAGUUGUUCAAAACGGUGGUUAACCAGGGACCGGGGAGACCACUUUAAAGUGCAGAGCUUGCGGGGCUAAAAAAACUCUGGCCAGGCAAAACAAACAUUAUUAGCUGUCACGGUUCCUCGAGUUUUCAUGCAUUGAGAUGCCAUCAUAUUUCCAACUCCAUUAAUAAAUAAAACAUAGUCGUUUACUCUGAGACAUUUACUUUUGGAAGUUGCCAAAGUUUCUCUCCAGGUUCUCCUUGCGAGUACAACAAACUCCUUUGCGACGUCAGCUAAACGGAGGCUGCUUUUUGCUUGUGGCAAUUCCAUUAUGUUUAUGUUUAUGAUUGCGAUAAUGAUGAUGAUGGCGAUGAUGAUGAUUAUUACUACAUGUAUUAUUAUUACUAUUAUUAUUAUUAUUAUUAUUAUUAUUAUUAUUAUUAUUAUUAUAACAAAGUUGUCAAAUCUGAUUGGCUAUCAACUGCCCUGAUUUCAGCCUUAAUUGGACAGUUUAAUAGGACAGUACGCGCCAUCACGCACGCGCUUAAAUGGCUUUUUUUUUCACUGCUAGCAAAACAAAAUUUCGAAUUUCUUGUGUUUUGAUUUAAAAAUAGCCUAUUAUAUCACAAAUUUUGUUAAAGCUAUUAUUAAUUGGUAACAGAACUUCGUGUCUUCCAAUUCGGUCUGUAAUCAUACUCGUGAUUAAACAAAUCGGGCUCCUGCUAGGCGGUCGUCCGAUUUUGUUAAUCACUCGUAUGAUUACAGACCGAAUUGGACUCCACUUAGUCCUGUUACCAUUACUUAUUUUACUAUUAUUAUACAGGUACACCAUGAUAAAGAGUGCCCGGCAUAUCCCGUUUUAUGCAGAAAAUGCAACAAAGAUGAAAUUCCACGUGCAAAGGUAAUCAUUUUGAUAUACUGCGAGCAAUCUCUCUCUUUCUCCAGCUUUAGUAAGAGGUGUGCACGCGCGGGCGAACGUAGACGCGAGAAGCGAGGGCAGCAGCCCGCGAAGAAAAAGGGAGAUUGCCCGCAUAGCCAGAGCAAAUGGAAUAUGCGUUGGCGUCACAACGCAAAAUACGAUUGGCUGAUGCGUGAAGCGUUGACAACAAACUGUCAAUAAUCGAAACCGCUGACAAGAUAAUGAUGAUGGUUAAGUACUGCAGGAAUGUUUAUCACGUUUCCCGAAAAUGGAAACAUUAGAUACAGCAGAGAGGAGCAUUACAAUGUCCCAUAUUGGGACGUGAAGUGAUCGCAAUUUUAAAUGCUCAAAGCCUCUGUCGAGGAACGCUUUAGUUCCAAAACUACAGUAGCCUGCGUAGAAAGCGUUUCCAGUCGAGUACAGUCUUGCUUUUGAACUUGUUAUAGAAAGUCGCUUAGACUGGAAGACUUUAGACUGUUUGUAAUUAGCUAAGAACAAAGUAAUUACCGACAGAUGAACCAAGAGGACAUCGCAGAAUAUUAUACAGUCGACUCCCGAUAACUCGAACCUUCAAGGGAAAUCGAAAAAAGGUUCGAGUUAUCGGGAGUUCGAAGAAAAUAGCCGAGAGGAAGGUAGAAAACAGUUUUUACUGCACAGUGAACAUUUUAGUCACAUUUAAUUGUAGAAAUGUCAAGUGAAAAUUAAAAGAUACUUCUAGAUUAUAAAUCAGAACGUAGCGUAACAAAACAUAGCCUAAGUGGAGCAUGCGUUUUACUGUUUUGGAAAGAAAAGCUGCUUCACGUUAGCCUGUGGCAAUCAACAUCAGCCUCCACUAGUAAACUAUACUCCUGCAACACGUCAAUAGGAAAUCCAAAAUUCAAUGUCUCGGACGCCAGUAGACGGCUUUUUUCCCCACUUUUUAAGGACUUAAAACAUGGUUCGAGUUAUCGAGGGUAAAAUUAUGUAGAAAAUUACCUGAGGGGAAACGAAGUUUGGUUCGAGUUAGCGGGAGUUCGAGUUACCGAGGGUAAAAUCACAGUGAAUGUAUGACGGAAAUCCAGGAGAAAUCGAUUUUGGUUCGAGUUAGCGCGAGGUUCGAGUUAGCGAGGGUUCGAGUUAUCGGGAGUCGACUGUAGCUCAUAGUCCAAAGAUUCGCUUAUCUAAAGAAGAAAUAUCGGCGCCCAGUGAAUGAUCUUGACUGACUUACAACGGAAUUCUCCAGAGUUGGUUUAGCUUCAGUUAAGCUACAAUUAGGAUAUGAAAAACACUAUCUCGUGAGAAUUCAACAUUCCGCAAACAACAAGAGAGCUAGGCCUCGGCCCCUUUAGCCUGCGAGCAAGCUCUCCGGGGCGCUCUGGCGGCGGGCCCAGGAGAGCUUGCUCGCAGGCUAAGGCUUCUUUGACGAUCCCAUUCAAAUCACGAACCACAGGAAAUGACUUAUCAAUAUGCGAGAAACAGACCAGCUCCAUGGCCUCAAAGUACAAUACAAUACAAUACAAUACUUUAUUGACACUGCCCUGAUAGGGCUUUUCAGUGACAAUACGAGACAAAUAAGUUAAAAAGUACAGUAAAAGCAUGCCUGUUCAAAAGUUAUGUGUAUAAUAAAACACUACCUCUUCGUGCUAUACAAAAGUUAAAAAUAUUAUUAAAUACUAUCAGUCCAUUCGAUGUCGAAUAUUUUAGCAUUUCUGUAUUAUUCUGAACUUUUCUGUUUAUACACAGUGGAACCCCGCUUUCUGGCUACCUCGGUAAUACGGUCACCCCGUUAUUACGGCCACUUUUUUUGGCCGCCCGGUUGAACGACCAUACAUUUUUUGGUGGGAAAAAGCAAAAAACAAAAAAAAACCUCGUUAAUAUGGUCACCUGUUAAUACGGCCAAUUUUUUUGGCCCAUUAGUGACCGUAUUAACGGGGUUCCACUGUAUAAAAAAUACUUCAGGGAAAAAGCGCCCUUUUCGUAUUUGCGCGCACGAUAUGCACGAGUUGUUGACAUGUUAGAAAUCGAAGGAGUGAGUUCAGUGUGUUAUUUAUCAAUAUCAACUGAGCCUAAGGUGAAUAAUCGUUAAACAUGAUGUAAUCUCCGACUAAUUAGAACGCGUGAAUCUCUAUAAUUACCUGAGUGAUUAUCCUAACUGCAUAUAUUUCUUGUAUUUAUGCUCCUUCUGAUUUAACAGCCUUGAAAUUUGGAUCGCCUAAGGAAGAGGGGAUAACCCAGAGCUUUAGUGCCAAAGGGGGGAGGCCUUUGCUAGCAAGGAAUUUUCGAUUAACUCUCUUCUAUUGUCGUUUCAGCUGUCGGAUCAUCAGGAUCCUCUUGUAGGAGACUGUGAUGCAGUGCAGGGGCCAUGUCCAUUUGCACAGAUUGGUUGCGCUAAAACCGAGGUACAGAUAGAAUUCUCUUCUAACUCACUAUUUUUAACUUGUGGAUUACGCGUAGCGUAAGGAACAAGUUGUUUGUGAGAUUAAGAUUCACGUUUACGCUAAAAGGCAGACGUGAAUUUGUACCAUGUAACCAAGUUUCCCCCUUAUUUUCCGUUUACUCUACACAAAAAUAAGUAGUUUUAUGCCAGUUUUAACCAUAGGAAAAAUGUUCUGCUUUGACCGUGAAAACCUUGCUUGUUUUCGUCGAAUACAUCUUUCAAUUCUUCGUAAAUAAAACUUUACCAGCUUCAAACAGCGUCCACCGGCAAUAUUUCAUGGCCAAAAAAAGUUAAAUAUCAUAAUGCUUUUAAUCUUAGUUGUCGUGGCGCAAUAGAUAACGCGUUACCCUUUCACGCCUAAGGUCUAGGGUUCGACUCCCGCUGAAAAAAUGUUUUCUUGGCCGUUUUGUUUUGUUUUUUAAAUAAACAUAUUUUCAUUUUUUUAGCAGACUUAAAUUGCAAGUUAAUUAUCAGCUUUCAUUUCCAAAAUAAUAAUUUUAAUAAUAAUUAAUUAUUAAUCCACAAGUUAGCCAUAGGCACCCUUUGAUUAGUAUUGUUGGCUAGUCUCUAGAUGAAUAAAACUACUGAACACUGGAAAUCCUACUGACGAUUCCUACUCUUUAGGCAAAUUUUGUACCCCCAGAAUGGUACAAGAGACUAGGAGGGGACAGAGAGGUGCAAACUUGGAUUUUAUGUAUAAAGUUUUUAGUCCGUCCUCUUGGUCUUAUGUUAUGGCUAAACUUUACACUGCUUUUGAUAUUUUCCACACGUUUUGAAAAAAGAAAAAAAAUAACAGAAAAAAUAAUUGCUUUUUGCUUAAAAAUGGCCUCUAAAUCAUACCUCGAAUCAAAUUAUAUAUCUUUACAAUGGCGACCCAUAAAAAUGUUAAGAUGUGUGAAUGAAUCAAUCAACCGAGCUACGAAGAGAUUCGUGGUCGUCUUUAAUUCUGCCUUUUUCUAGGCCUGUUGUGCUACAGACGAACUCGUGAUGAUCUUAGCACUCUGCCAGUUUCAAAUUUGACACGCUAAGUGAAAACCAAAGAACCCCCCCAAAAAAAUAAAAAAUAAUAAUAAUAAUAAUAAUAACAAUAAUAACAAUAACAAUAAUAAUAAUAAUAACUACUACUACUACUACUACCACUACCACUACCACUACCACUACCACUACCACUACCACUACCACUACCACUACCGCUAGUGCUAGCGCUUCUACUACUACUACUACUACUACUACUACUAAUAGACCAUUACCAGCAAGAAGACUGAGAGGAUGGGACAGAAGUUCAGUUUCUAUUUUUGUACACCAUGUGGUGAAAUAUCCGGUAAAAUGUAACUAUUUGCCCGCUGAUAUUUCGGUCGAAACUGAACAAACCUUUCACGAGGGCUUCUGACUUGUUGGUCGGGUGAUUUUCACGGCCCUCAUUAGGUUUUCUAUUAGAAAAUUAGAUCCGUGUCCUACUUUCCUACGCACUGUAAAGAGAGAAUGAUCUCAUUCUCUCUUCGUUCUGUGUGAUGUUUAGAUUCGCGGUGCACUUUUCAACCACCACGAUAUUAAAAAUACGAUAUUUCUUUAUGUAUUUGCAUGUUAUUAACUAACAAAAAUACUGAUGCCUUGUGGAAUAUGCCCUGUUCCUCUUAAGCCUGGUUUCCAUAUGGUCGCUUUGCAAAGUUCAGCGAUCUCAGCGAUCUCAGCGAUCAUAGCGAUCGUAUGGAAACCACUUUCCAGCGAUCGCAGCUACAACGGUCGCUGAGAUAGAAAAAGUUCUGUCAGCGACCGUUGUUGCUGCGAUCGCUGGAGGGUGGUUUCCAUAUGAUCGCUGCUAUCGCUAUCGCUAUCUUUGCCAACGAUUGCAGCGAUCGUAGCGAUCAUGUGGAAAACGGGCUUUAAGUAUUCGUAAACAUGUGUCGAAAUAGAUUUUUACAAUUUCUAAAUUUACUGUAAUAUUUCGUUUACGUUAUAUGAUAGGUUCUCAACCACGUGCAAAAGAAAGAACAUCUAGAGAAAGAAAACGCUUACCAUACCACUUUGCUACUUCAUCAUGGUCUUAGGAUGGGUCGAGAAAUGGAAGCAGCUUUGACUCGUGAUCCAAGAAUCUGGUCGAGAAGACCACAUAUCUUCACAAACUAUGAUGGCAUCAUCUCUGACAUACUUGCUCAAAUCCAAACCGGUGCAGCAGAAAACAGGGAUUUACGAGAAAAAUUACGAGAGCACAGUGAACGAAUCACCUCCCUGGAGAGAAACGUGGCCUCAGGGAGUCUUUUGGCAGCAACUGCAUCUGCUCAAGUGUCUGGUGACUCAGCUAGCAGUGUACCGAACAACGAGAUUACACGUAGGGUAGACAAUCUUGAGAAUAAAGCCGCUGACCACGAGGUGCUGUUGGUUGAAAGUAAUCGUUCAAUCGAGCAGGCAAAUCGAGAUGUGGGUAAUGUAAGGCGACUAGUUGACGCUGUGCAAGAGACCGCGAGGAGGGUAGAAAGAAGGAUUGAGUCUAUUGAGCACACACUGGCUCUUAGAAACGUUACCUUGGCAGAUUUAGAGGAAUACAUCAGGCAACAGGAGUUUUCAAGCCACGAUGGCCAGUUAUUAUGGAAAAUAACUGAAUUUGCACGUAGAAGAAACGAGGCAGUCAGCGGUCAACAAGUAUCAUUCUAUAGUCCGUGCUUCUACACAAGUCGCUAUGGAUACAAGAUGUGCGCCCGCAUUUACUUAAACGGAGAUGGCAUGGGCCGAGGAACACACAUCUCUGUGUUCUUUGUUGUCAUGCGCGGUCAGUAUGAUGCGUUGCUCCGUUGGCCUUUCAGACAGAAGGUCACAUUCAUGUUGAUGGAUCAAGAUAAUGUUGAACACGUGAUUGAUGCCUUCAGACCUGAUCCCAACAGCUCUUCUUUUCAGAGACCGAGGAGAGAAACAAACAUUGCAAGUGGGUGUCCCAUGUUCUGCUCGCUCUCUGAACUUAACAACCACGCUUAUGUUCGGGACGACACCCUGUUUCUAAAAAUUAUCGUGGAUACAUCAGAUUUGUAG